CUGCUGAAGAUGCUCAGUGGCUGACAGCCUGUAGCUGCAAACUGCAUGCAUGGGUCCACAUGGCAGCUCCAGCACUGCAAAUGGAUUAAACCCCGAAUGUGAAGCGGGACGCAUCUGCAUAAGGAGCAUCUGUUAAUUUACCUGGAAUUUAAAAAAAUAACACCCAAGACAAUAAUAGACAAGCAAAUAACCAUCAGCACAGUCAUUAUGAAAAAGCAGGUGCAGACUGUCAGCGAUAGUGUUAGAGCGGCGUGUGUGAGAGCAGCAGCCUGUUAGCGGCACUGCGGAUGGACUGAAGAGCAGAGUCAGCGGUCCCCGGCAGCAGCUUCACUCUCUCUGCUCCAUCCUCCCCCUCCACACACACCAUGGACGCAUCUCUCACAUCCUGUCGUGGCUACAUUUAACCCUCAUCUGCUGCGUUUAGAGGCGACCUGACGACAGAAAACUCCGAUUUCCUCUUGGUUUCCGUGGACAGGGUUGUUUCCCAGCUGUGGAGCAGAAUGAAGCGGCUGUUUGUCAGGGCUGUGCAGGACAAAGCCAUGAACCCCUGGCUGCUCUUCGCUCUCCUCGGACUCUGUGCAGCGUUUGGACCCAGUAAACAGGAAGAAGAGGAUUAUGAAGAUGUACCCAUAAAUAAGACCUGGGUUUUAUCACCCAAGGUCUAUGAGAGCGAUGUGACUUUGAUCCUAAAUAAACUGCUGCAGGGCUACGACAACAAACUGCGACCUGACAUUGGAGUGAGGCCGACAGUGAUUGAAACAGCUGUGUAUGUCAACAGCAUUGGACCAGUGGACCCCAUCAACAUGGAAUACACCAUUGACAUCUUCUUUGCCCAGACAUGGUAUGACAGCCGACUGAAGUUCAACAGCUCGAUGAAGCUGCUCAUGCUCAACAGUAACAUGGUAGGCAAAAUCUGGAUUCCGGACACUUUCUUCAGGAAUUCCCGGAAAUCAGACGCCCACUGGAUCACCACUCCAAACCGCCUCCUGAGGCUGUGGAGCAAUGGGAGAGUGAUGUACACUCUGAGGUUGACUAUUAAUGCGGAGUGUUACCUUAAGCUGCAUAACUUUCCAAUGGAUGAGCACUCGUGUCCACUGGAGUUUUCAAGCUAUGGUUAUCCUAAGAAUGAGAUCAUGUACCGGUGGCAGAGACGAGCGGUGGAGGUGGCAGACCAGCGGUACUGGAGACUCUACCAGUUUGCUUUUGUAGGGUUGAGGAACACCUCUGAUGUGGCACACACCCAGUCAGGGGAAUAUGUAAUUCUGACGAUCUUCUUUGACCUGAGUCGGAGAAUGGGCUACUUUACCAUCCAGACCUACAUUCCCUGCAGUAUGAUCGUGGUCUUGUCCUGGGUCUCCUUUUGGAUCAACAAGGAUGCUGUCCCAGCUCGCACAUCUUUAGGUAUCACCACAGUGCUCACCAUGACGACUCUAAGCACCAUCUCCAGGAAGUCCCUGCCCAAGGUAUCCUAUGUCACUGCUAUGGAUUUGUUUGUCUCUGUCUGUUUCAUCUUCACCUUUGCUGCCCUCAUGGAGUAUGGCACUCUGCACUACUUCACCAGCAACAGACAGACCAAGAAGUCUAAAGCCAACAAUAACACACAGCAGAAAGUAUCUAGCAUGGUUAAUAUCCGUCCUGGGACAUCCCUGCUACAAAUGAACAACAUUGUGCCCUAUCAUGAGGAGGAUGACUACGCCUACGAGUGUUUGGAUGGAAAAGACUGUACCAGCUUCUUCUGCUGCUUCGACGACUGCCGCUCAGGUGCCUGGCGUGAAAACAGGAUGCACGUGCGAGUUUCCAAGAUUGAUUCUUACUCACGAAUAUUCUUCCCCACUGCUUUCGGCCUUUUCAAUUUGGUUUACUGGAUUGGUUAUCUGUAUCUAUAAAAACAGUACCUCAAAGAAGGACAACUGGAGUUUUGCAUCUCCAAGCAUUUUCCAGAGAAAGAGCUGCUCUUAUAGUAGAAAUUAUAGCUUAUCAAACACAUACGGCAAAAAAGAAACUCAACUGAAAUGUAAGCCUACCUGCUAGCGAUGAGGCAUGGAAAAAUGGGGAUGACAUUCUGUCUUUCAGUCUAUCCAACAACCUUGUUUGAGAGCAAGUACCGGUUAAUAUGCCAUUAAAUACACUAUGAAUAUUCAUGGUCCUCUGUAGAGAAUCACCAUGGCCAAAUUAAAAAUUCCCCUUAACCAUCAUCUUUUUCCAAUGACAAGACAUCUUGCUGUGGAUAUUCAUGAUUGCCAGAGGUUUGAUCCUAAUGUUUUUGAUGUCCCAAAAUUUUCACUUGUACACAAGAAAUAUAAAAAUCUAACUCACAGAUUGUCAAAAACUGGACUGAGCAAUUCAUAAUCCCCAGAGCAAACUGUGUAUGAAUGAGCCCUUAGCAUUUUGGACCACUUCUAAGGGGGUAUACCCUCUUGAUUUUAAUGAACCAUUGGCCUUUAAACUAAUGCCACCCUCAGGAUGAAUUUAACACACCGUUUGUGCUCGUGUUUGCAACUGCAGCAUUAAAAUAGAGCCCUUAGUCUUUCAUUUAUUUAAAACGACAAUGUAGACAUUAAAGAAUAACUCUGGCAAUUUUCUGUAUUUUUCUUAUUGUCAACAAAUCUCGUGUGCAGAGACAAACCAAAAAUGAACUGAUCUUCUAACAAGUAUUGUGUGUGUAUCCAAAGCCUGAUAUAUCUUAUUCCUCUGUGCCAUAGACCUCUGCUGUUGUCCAAAAACUAUUAAAACACAUCAAUGAGCCACACUACUGCACUGAAGACAGUGGUUACCAUAGCUUAUUUAGAAAUGCAAAAAAAAAAUCACAACCAUUUGACUUUGUACUGAAGUUCUUUUAGAAAGUUACAAUGUAAUACAAAGUCAUGAGGUUGUGUUAGGUUCGCAAAACUCUGUGAACUAAACUGCAUUUAGCACAUGUGCAGUAGUGUCUGCUGUACUAUGAAAUCCCGAGAGUUACUAUCUUGCCACUGUUUUUACUCUUUUGAGCAGUUUCUAAACAAGUUACAUAACCCCCAUUUUCAUGGAUGACGGAACAUGUUACCUAGUGCU